UCUUGUAUUUACUCGUAUCGUUUCAUACCUAACGUCGAACUUUGUAAUUUUUUGUUGGCAGCGAAAUUAUUUCCAAUUCUAAAUUAGUUAUUUACUGUCAUGUAAAUAAUAGUUCAAAUGAUUUGUAAAAUAACACGGAACAGCGAAAUCAUAAACGACAACAGAGAGUAAACAAACUGGUUGGUCAGCAGUGCUAAUAGAUAACAAACCGUGCGUUUGUUUGUGUUGCCAGGCAGCGAUUUGGGAAAUUGAUUAACGAGGUGAUAGAUUUUUAAGUAAUUCUGAACUCGAAAGGAUUAUUAUUUAAAAGCAAAUUACCCGGAGUACAACACCAUAAUGGCCACCAGUUGGGACGUAUACGAUGACAUGAAUUUGUACAUAACGCCAGAGCGUUUCGUUAUUGAACCGAAUGGCAAAGAUGAACUACUGGUAAUUGAUCGCGUUGCGAGUAUAGUGCGUGUUCAGAGCAAGGGUAAUCAACUUAACAAUCAAUUGCCCACGCGUCGCGUCUGUGGUGUUCUUGGCACCAUACAACUGUUGGGUGGCCACUACUUAAUUGUAGCAACUCAUCGCCUCUAUGUCGGCAUGCUAAAUGGCGCUAUAAUAUGGCGUUUGGCUGGUUAUGAUAUACUACCAUACAUUCCAACAAUUACACACUUGCGACCCAAGCAACGUGAGCAAAAUGAAACUUACCUUAAUAUGCUGCGACAAACGCUAGACACGCGUUUUUUCUAUUUCUCCUAUUGGUAUGAUCUAACGCAUUCGCUGCAGCGACUUCAUGGCAUGCCACCAGAUUUCAUGAAGAAUGGUUUGUUCGAGCGAGCCGACGAGCGUUUCGUGUGGAAUGGCGCACUGCUACGUAACUUCAACUGUCCAGAAAUGCGUAAAUUCGCACUACCAAUCGUAUUAGGCUUUGUUUCCAUCAACCAAGUACGGGUAAAUGGCCAAACGUUUUUCUGGUCUAUCGUUUCGCGCCGCUCCAUCCAUCGCGCCGGCACGCGUUUCUUUGCGCGCGGCAUUGAUGAAACCGGCAACGUAGCCAACUUCGUUGAAACGGAACAGAUCGUUGAGUACAAUGGACAACGGAUAUCCUUCGUACAGACCCGUGGUAGUAUGCCCUUCUUUUGGCGGCAACUCCCCAAUCUUCGAUAUAAGCCUGAUCCGGAGCUAGUGCCUGGCAAGGACCACUUAGGAGCAUGCUAUAAACAUUUUGAAACACAAAUUAUGCUUUAUGGUCGUCAAAUCGUAUUGAACCUGGUAGAUCAAAAGCGUGCAGAAGGGACUAUGGAACGUGCAUUCCGAACAUUUGUGCAACAAAUGAAUAAUCCUAAUGUACGUUAUGAAGCCUUUGACUUCCAUGCUGAAUGCAAGAAAAUGCGUUGGGAUCGUUUGCAGAUUCUUAUAGAUCGCGUGGCCCAUGAACAGGACGAGUUCUCGGUAUUCCACUUGCGCGAAGAUGGUAGUUUGGUAUCUGCUCAAGAUGGUGUAUUUCGCACAAAUUGCAUUGAUUGCCUAGAUCGUACCAAUGUUGUUCAAAGCAUGUUGGCCAAGCGUUCGCUGAAUGCUGUUCUGCAAAAGCUGGGUAUUUUGCAAAUGGGUCAAACAGUGGAGCGUGCUUCGCCCAAUUUUGAGUACAUUUUCAAGGGGGUUUGGGCUGACAAUGCUGAUGUAAUUUCUCUACAAUAUUCUGGCACCGGUGCUUUGAAAACCGACUUCACUCGCACCGGUAAACGUACAAAAGCAGGUCUGAUGCAGGAUGGCAUCAAUUCAGCAACACGCUACUAUUUGAAUAAUUUUGCAGACGGAAGUAGGCAGGUAAGUUUUUGCGUGAUA